AUGCAGUUCAACCUUCUCACCCUCCUCGGCUCGGCCGCUCUGGUUGCCGCCAACACCGUCACCUUCAAGUCUCUCGACGACGUUUCCCGCACCGUCCACUUCACCCCCAACUCUGGUCUCGCCUCUGUUGACUCCGUCGAGGUCCCCGCCGGCGGCGAGGUCAAGGUCAACAUCCCCACCUCCUGGAUCGGCAACUGGUACUCCGUCUCUGAGGGCUCCGAGAACGUCGCCGGUAUGCUCGGCGAGGUUGCCUUCAACGGCUGGAACGGCCUGACCUACUUUGAUGUCUCCGCCAUUGUCAACCCCAACGACCACAACGGCGUCAAGAAGAUGUGGCCCGCUAGCGGCGAUGAGCCCAUCUCCGGCUGCGACUGGUGGCCCUGUAACAACGCCUACUACCUCCCUGACGAUGUCCAGACCAAGGUCACCUCCGAGACCGACCUCAUCUGCACCCUGGGCAACAACGGCGUCACCUCUCGCCGCGACAUUGACGACCACCACGAGUCCCCCAACUACAAGCGUGACUUUGUCAUCAGCAACUAA